CCGUGCAGCUCGGCUCAGUCGACAGCAUGGAACGUUGGCGCAACAAAGUGGCCGUGGUAAGCGGCGCCAGCGCUGGCAUCGGUGCCGCCUGUGCCCGGGCAUUGGUCGGUGCCGGUCUGUUGGUUGUGGGCCUGGCCCGACGCCAGGAACGCAUCGAGCAGCUGCGCGCCCAGCUGCCGCUGCCCCAGCAACAACGCCUGCACGCUGUCCAAUGCGAUAUAACAAACGAAUCGCAAGUGCUGCAGGCAUUCGACUGGACCAAGCGACAGCUGGGCGGUGUCCAUGUGCUGGUCAACAAUGCGGGCAUCAUGGCCACCACGGAGCUGAGCGGUGCCGGCAAUACGCAACCGAUACGCGACACCGUCGAGACAAACAUAAUGGGCAGUGUCUAUUGCAUACGCGAGGCAUUUCAGGCGAUGCGCUUGCAGCAGCAGCAGCCGGGUCAUGUGAUCAUUGUUAACAGCGUGGCGGGGCAGCAGGUGCCAAAUCUGGGUACACAGCUGCCCUCGCUGAACAUCUAUCCGGCCAGCAAGUUUGCUUUACGCGCCAUGCAGGAGAUCUAUCGACAGGAGUUUCAGCGUCACAAGACCCAAGUCCGGGUCUCGACAAUCAGUCCCGGCAUUGUCGACACGGACAUCUUGCCCGAGCAGCUGCAGGCCGUCAUUAAGCAGCACAUGCCCAUGCUGCGCGCCGAGGAUGUAGCCGAUGCCAUACUGUGGACCAUUGGCACGCCAGCCAAUGUGCAGGUGCAAAACAUCACCAUCAAGCCGCAAGGUGAAAAGUUUUAGGCGGCGUACGCAAUCAACUUCGGCAUUUGCAAAGGCGGAUUAUACCAUAUAUAUAAAUAUAUACACAUUAUAUUGAUGAACCAAAUAUAUACACUGUUCACGGGAUGGUCAA